UAUCUCAAACAAUGAAUUAUGAAUGCUUAAAUAUCGCCUUUUUGUUCUCCCCAUUUUACAGAGAAACAAGUGAAAUUUUUUACUACUGCUGAAAGUAUAGAGACUCGUUUCUGUAGUUCAAGGCACGAUCUUCGCGAGCUUUUCCCCAUCAGCCAUGGAAUUUGGGCCUUUUGUGAAGAGCAUUCUCAUUCUUGAUUUAGAAGGGAAGCGUGUAGCAAGCAAGUUCUAUUCAGAUGACUGGCCUACUAAUGAAGAGAGGCGAACUUUCGAGAAGAAUGUAUUCUCCAUGACUCACAUGAAAAAUGCCCGAACUGAAGCUGAGGUAACUAUCUUUAAGGACGAAAUCGUUGUAUACAAGUUUAUCGAAGACCUGCACUUUUAUGUUACUGGGGGUGAAGAAGAAAAUGAAGUUCUGUUAGCCACUGUGCUUGAGGCAGUGCUUGGUGCCAUUUUUAUUGUACUCAAGAAAAAGGUUAACAAGAUGGAGGCGCUCACACAUCUGGACCUCGUUCUGUUAUGCCUUGAUGAAACUAUUGAUGGCGGCAUUAUUGUAGAUACUGAUGCAAAGAGCAUUGCACGUAAAGCAACAGGUGUUAGCCUUGAUCCUGGGGCAGAAGAGCUGACGAUAGGUGAAGCAUUGAAAAGUGCGCGUGGGCAAGUCAUGAAAGCCCUUUCAGGUUUCAUUUGAUUCAUAAACUGAGAAAUGUUGAAAAUAUGGCAAUGGAGGUAGGCACACAUGACUCUGGAUUUAGUUCCAACUCUUUGGCAGAUUGGUGGUUCUGGUUUUCUUUCUCUCGUCUUCUGUUGAUUCCAGCCUUUGACUACUACCUAGAAGUUCAAACAAUAUAAAUACAGGAAUAUAUUUGAUCAAACAAUAUAAUUAUCAAAUUCAGUUCGAUUUCGUAA